CACUCUAGCAGAGGCCGAGCGCUGCCGCGGAGCGACAACCAUGUCGGAGCAGGAGUCUCUGAGGUGCUCCAGCGCCAGGAACCGUGGAGGCGUGCAGAGGGUCGAGGGGAAGCUGCGAGCCAGCGUGGAGAAGGGGGAUUACUACGAAGCACACCAGAUGUACAGGACUCUAUUUUUUAGGUACAUGUCACAGGCUAAACAUGCUGAGGCCAGGGAGUUGAUGCACAAUGGCGCUCUACUCUUCUUCAGCUAUAACCAGCAAAACAGUGCAGCAGAUCUGUCCAUGCUGGUGCUGGAGGUGUUGGAGAAAUCUGAGACAAAAGUCGAUGAGGAAAUAUUAGAGAGCCUGGCUAAGCUGUUCAGCCGGAUGGACCAGAACUCUCCGGAGAGAGUUGCGUUUGUGUCCCGGGCCUUGAAAUGGUCCACGGGAGGCCCCGGCAAGUUGGGUCACCCAAAACUACACCAGUUGCUAGCUGUCACCUUGUGGAAAGAGCAAAACUACAGUGAGUCACGUUACCACUUCCUGCAUUCCUCUGACGGCGAGGGCUGUGCACAGAUGCUGGUGGAGUAUUCGUCGUCCCGAGGCUUCCGCAGCGAGGUGGACAUGUUUGUAGUGCAGGCCGUCCUACAGUUCCUCUGCUUAAAGAACAAAAACGGUGCAUCUGUGGUGUUCAGCACAUACACAGAGAAACACCCGUCCAUAGAGAGGGGCCCUCCCUUCGUCCAGCCUCUACUAAACUUUAUCUGGUUUCUGCUGCUGGCAGUGGAUGGGGGUAAAUUAACAGUUUUCACAGUGUUAUGUGAACAAUAUCAACCUUCCCUGAAGAGGGACCCCAUGUAUAAUGAGUAUCUCGACAGAAUAGGACAGCUUUUCUUUGGCGUUCCACCCAAACAGUCUCCAUCAUACGGCGGCCUGCUAGGAAACCUGCUGAACAGCCUGAUGGGGUCGGGCGAGGACGAGGACGGGGCUGAAGAAGCCCAGGAGGACAGCAGCCCCAUCGAACUGGACUGAGCCCGCAGCCUGGGAGAAGAACAAGUGAACACAAAGAAAGAGGAAGAACACCCCUCCCACCCAUCUAUCGCCUCCCUUCGUCACCUUGACAACAGGGAUGGGGCGGGGCUUGGGUCUGUGUUUUCAGAGGCUUGCCGUUUCCAGGAAACCCAUCCCCCCCCUCCUCCCCCUCAUCCCACCUAUCCAGUCCCCCAAAAUCAGAAUAAGAAUCAGUUCACCCAAACCUCCCUCAGCACUGCCUGGACUGACUGCGCCAAACUGCAAACUCUUCCCAAGUUGUUCAGAUUGUAUUAUUUUAUUUAAAUAAUAAUUUCUGUUAGUCUGGGACUUUUGUUCUGCGUUUAGGGUUAAUGAUUUUUAGCCAACAGAUAACUCGCUGUUUUCUCCCUGUGAAAACCAGAGGAGAGGACGGCUUUCACCACAAUGACGACUCGAUCAUUACCAGAGGGUUUACUCAUCUAACUAAUAAUCUACAACUGUUAUGUCCGUUCGAUCAGAGCCAUGUUGUUAACUUUAUUGUUAGUCUCUUCUCUCAAUUUAUUCAAAGUUAAUUUAAGAAAUUGCGCGGCAGUCGAGGCCGAUUUUCAGUUUCUCGGGUUUAUGAACAAACAAAAAAAACCAUGAGCGCUCUGUGUAAAGUCAUCUUGCACCUUGAAUGUCUACCAAACAAACCUUUUCUGCUCAGUGUCUUUAUGGGUCAUAUUUUAUUCAACUAUAAACAGAGCUGUCUGUGUACAAGUAGCUCCAGGUCUCACUUUUUUUUUUUUAUGUGCACAUGCUGAGCUCGUUCGCACUGUGUUCGAGAGAAAUUGUGUCAGAAGAUGCGUUUCUGGCCUCGGUACAGUCGGCAGAUGUCUUGUAUAAAAUAAUCCUGGCAGCGAGGUGCGUGAAGCACUUGGUGAUCUUGAGGUGAGAGGAGAAAAAUGAGACACUGAAAAAUCCAUCUGUUAAGAGUGAAUUUUGCUUUGCGUGUUUAUAAAAAGCCGAUAUUUAAAUCUGCUGCGUACUCGCCUGUUUCUGGCUUUUUCAGUUCUCCCUUUUUUUUUUAAACAAUUGUUUAAACCGUUCCUCUCAGAGGUGAAGCGACGGCCUGUCUUCAGUUCAGCUCGUGAACGACAAAAUAGCUGCUGUUUAUCAGUGUUAACUUCGACCCUCGGAGAGCUCACACUACACUGCUUGUUUCCUUCGGCUUUCUUUGCCCACAUCAUCCAGUCUUCAGCUUUGUUUGUCCGCGUAGUGACGUUUGAUCAGCCCAGGUCUGGUCAGUUUGCUAUUUUUUAGGACAAAAAAAACUUAAUUGUGCUCCAGAUAAUCUAGAGCAGUCAAACCCCCACGUGAAGUCAACAUCUUUAUUAAAAACUCGGAAGGUCCACAGGUCUUCCAAUGUCAAGUAGUUUUUAUUUACUCGUGUGUAAUCAUCUGUGUGGAAGUUAGAAAUGGCUGAUAUUAAAUAAAAAUGCAGUGAAGAAAUUGGCAUGAGUCAGUCGAACACAAUUUGAAUAUUAACAAAACUAAAAUAAUUCAAUAUAUUUUUAUUAUUUGAAGAUCGGCUCAAGAUCUUACAAAAUUAAAUAAAAAAUAUACACAAUGAAAAAUAGCUUAAGUACCAUUUUGUGAUAAGAUGCUUAUAAUGAUGUCAAUGGUUCAUUUCAAUAUUUGACUAAAGAAUUUCAGAUUAUCUAAAUUUCCCAUUUAGUUCUUCCAAACAGGACUGGCUGGCUCAAUGUCACAGUGCUACAGACAGACUCGUAGAAUGUUGUUGAGAUUCUGUGAUUGUUUCCAUCAAGUGUUGAAAAUACAACGAAAAGACGAGUGAUGUGGUUGCAGUCAACAGAGAUCGAAAACAGAAAUAUCUCAUUCUUAACCUAAACAAUGAUUAAAAAAUGACCUAAUGUUAAAUAAAAAUGAAUUCUCUGUUGCAGCGCUGAGGUCGACCAUCCAAAGGGGAAAUUUGGGGCGAAACUGACUUUCGGGUUCCUCACUACGUUUCCAAAGAGCUCAACCAAUCACAAAACAUGCUCCAGUUCCCAUAUUACAUGUAUUUCUAUUCAGAGUCACUGUCAUAGCUUUUAGUUCAAAUUUUAUGUUUGUUUAACGAACCUGAAAGUCAGUUCUGUCACGAUUUCCCUCCAAUCACCUGGCAGUAGAGAAAAGUGUGUGACCAAAGGCCUACUCUGUGUGUGUGUGUGUGUGUGUCAAUGAACAACAUCGCAGCAUUUGUAUUUGAGUUUUGUCUUUGAAAACUAAAGGAGAGUGUUUGCCUUUUCAAUGAUUCACUAACUGAAUAAACUACAACUGAGAAGAGUUUCAGAAUGUCUCAAAACAAA